ACAGCCCUCGCGCAGGCGCGCGUCCUUAAGCCACGAAAGAAGCACUGGGUGCGGCUGGGCGUUGGGCGGAAGCGGUUCGCACGCCAGGAGCCGCCAUGCCGGGGGACCACCGCCGCAUCCGCGGCCCUGAAGAAUCGCAGUCGCCGCAGCUGUACGCGGCCGACGAGGAGGAGGAGGCCCCCGCCGCCCGCGACCCAACGCGGCUGCGGCCCGUGUACGCGCGCGCCGGGCUGCUGAGCCAGGCCAAGGGCUCGGCCUACCUGGAGGCGGGAGGUACUAAGGUGCUGUGUGCCGUGUCGGGCCCGCGACAGGCCGAGGGCGGCGAGCGCGGCGGCGGCCCGGCCGGAGCAGGCGGCGAGGCCCCGGCCGCGCUGCGCGGUCGCCUGCUCUGCGACUUCCGCCGCGCGCCCUUCGCGGGCCGCCGGCGCCGCGCUCCCCCGGGCGGCUGCGAGGAGCGUGAGCUGGCGCUGGCGCUGCAGGAGGCGCUGGAGCCGGCUGUGCGCCUGGGCCGCUACCCGCGCGCGCAGCUGGAGGUGUCGGCGCUGCUGCUGGAGGACGGUGGCUCGGCCCUGGCCGCCGCGCUCACCGCCGCCGCGCUCGCCUUGGCUGACGCGGGCGUGGAGAUGUACGACCUGGUGGUGGGCUGCGGCCUGAGCCUCGCGCCUGGGCCCGCGCCCACCUGGUUGCUGGACCCCACGCGGCUCGAGGAAGAGCGCGCCGCCGCCGGCCUCACCGUGGCGCUCAUGCCCGUGCUGAAUCAGGUGGCUGGGCUGCUGGGCAGCGGCGAGGGCGGCCUGACCGAGAGCUGGGCGGAGGCCGUACGCCUGGGCCUCGAGGGCUGCCAGCGCCUCUACCCCGUGCUGCAGCAGAGUCUGGUGCGGGCCGCCCGCCGCAGGGGCGCCGCCGCCCAGCCCUGAACCAGAAGCCUGAGCAACGACGGACGAAAGCCGAGGACUGUGCUGCCGCCGUUCCCGAAAAGACCUGCGCCAUCGGCCUCCAGUCUGCGUCGAGAUAAGCA